AUGUCAUUCGGCGCCGCCAUGUCCGGCGUCAGCUUUGGUAAUUCAAACGCCAUCAACAUGUCCGGAGUUAGUUUUGGAAACUCAAACGGACGCUCUUUCCGCCAAGGCUCCUACGGGAACAUGUUCUAUGACGGUGGCUCACCACGCCUCUUUGACUCGGCACAAAUGCCAUUUGGCCAGUCCAUCAACAUGGACGGCUCAUUUGCCACCUCGUCCGCCGCAUUCAACCUCGCCGGCUCCUACCGAGGAGGCCGGUCAUACGCGGAGGCGGCCAAGGGCUUGGAAAACUACAGCCCCGCUAUGCUCUCCUCUUCCCUCGCCUCGACCUCGCUGAGGGACCCCAACUAUGGCUCCUACAUGGGCUCAUACAAGCGUAGCCAGCUCGAGAGAAUGCUCAGCACCAGCGUCGGCCGGAACAAGGAGUCGGAGGAGGUCUAUCAAUGCUGUGGCAGCAAGUUUGUCGGCCUCCACGCUCUCACCGAGCACGUCGAGGAGAACCCAAACGACCACCAAGACGACCCCGAACCUCACAACGAUGGAGGAAUGUUCUCCCCUCUUGUCAUGGGCAUGGACCUCGAUCUCGAAACCGACCCAUACAAUGUCCCUUCCACCACAAACUCUACACGCUCUUCAACUUCUCCUCGGCCCGUCCCCAACUAUCCGCUCACCCCGACCAACUCGACCGCGCCCCGCGCCGAGACGGCGACCUCCAACGACUCCAGCACGGCCAAUGGGCUCAAACUCUCCGAGUGGCUCAAAUCCCCUACCAACAAUGAUGCCUCUUCGGUGCUCCCCGGCGCUCUUGGGACAGAUGGCGGCAACGUUGUCGACCUUUCAUCUGGAGUACCCAAGUUCGCCUCAGCGGUCCGUGGUGGCUUCAACGGAGGCAAGCCUCUUGGAGGUCGCCAGCGCUUCGACCGCGCCUUCAACGAGGUUGUCGCUGGCCGCGCUGGUCUCGAGGACCCCAACAAACCCCCAGGGCCCAUUGCCGUGGCCCCGAGUGUUCUUUUCACAAAGGUCCCCGCCAUGGGCCUUCCCCAGGCCUCUGCCGUUGUCGGCCGCCGCGAGGGCACUGUCGGUACACCUGCCGGCGCUGCCGCCGUCCCGGCCCCCGUGGCCACCAACGGUGCCGCCGCCCCUGUGGCGAACGGCGCGACAGCUGUGCCCGCCGCACCUGCCGCCGCCGCCGCCGCCGCCGCCGAUGUCAAAAAGGAGGGAGAGGAGAAUACCGACAAAAAGGACGUCGUGGCCGGAGGUGAGGCCCCGCCUCCCCCGCCGCCUGGUGCAAAGGCGCCGGAUGCUCGAGCGGCUGACACGCCCCUCCCUCCGCCGUCCCUCUUCACCACACACAAGGCAUGGCGCUGCCCGAAUCCCGGGUGUAACAAGGCAUACAAGCAGAGCAACGGUCUCAAGUAUCACCUCGCCAAGGGCCAGUGCGACUUUGCCAUCCACGACGCGAUCGACAACGGCCUUACGCUCGAGGAGGCGGAGCAGCGUGCGCGUCCAUACGUGUGCGCCGUCGGCGCCGGGUGCGACAAGCGUUACCGCCAGAUGAACGGCCUCAAGUACCACUACUUGAACACGGGCGAGCACGGCGAGUACGGCCUGCGCAUGCUGGCGAACGGCACGCAUCCGCAGCCGGUCCACCACCCGCCGAUGCCGAAGCGCGACCGGUCGCAGCAGCCGCGGAACAACGGUGCGCCGAUCCCGAACGCCAACGCCGGCGGGGCCCCCGCCGCGCGCGCGAGCGCCGCGCCAUACAGCGUGCCACAGCGCCCCACGGCCUCGGCGAACCUGGCGAUCAACGGGCGCCCCGGCGUCGUGACCGGCGUCCCCGUUGGCGUCGGCGCCCCGAAGCCCCCCGGUCCGCGCAUGGGCACAUGGCCUGUACCACAGCGCGCGGGCGUGCCAACGCCGACGGCCCGCGCCGCGCCCACAGCGCCAGUGCCUGCGCCGGCCCCGGCCCCGGCGCCCACAAUGCCCGUGCAGCGCGGCCGCGACGCCGUCCUCUUCUCCAAUGUCGACUUCCUGGACGUCUAG